AUGGCAGGUCUGUCGCCAGAUUACGACUAUCUGUUCAAGCUCUUGCUGAUUGGUGACUCAGGCGUUGGUAAAUCGUGUUUGCUGUUGCGAUUUGCCGAUGAUACGUACACCGAGUCGUAUAUUUCUACGAUUGGUGUAGACUUCAAGAUUCGCACGAUUGAACUGGAAGGUAAAACGGUGAAACUGCAGAUUUGGGACACAGCUGGACAGGAGCGGUUCCGUACAAUUACUUCUUCGUAUUACCGGGGAGCGCAUGGAAUUAUCGUUGUGUACGACGUGACGGACGAGUCGACAUUUGCAAAUGUGAAGCAGUGGCUACAGGAGAUCGAGCGCUACGCAUGCGAGGGCGUAAACAAGCUGCUCGUAGGCAACAAAGCGGAUCUUACGAACAGCAAGGCUGUGGAUUUUGAGUCGGCCAAGCAACUUGCUGAUGAACUUGGCAUUGCCUUCCUAGAUACGAGUGCCAAAGAUGCGACCAACGUGGAGCAGGCGUUCUUGACGAUGGCCAAACAGAUCAAGGAUCGUAUGGGCGUGUCGGCUAUGCAGAAUGGUAGUGCUGGAGGCGCAGGCAAGUCUACACUCAAAGUUGGCCAAGGCCAGAAUGUUCAGGCUUCAAGCAACAGUGGCGGAUGCUGCUAG